AUGUCAGCAGGAACAGAAAAUCUGUUCGACUCAAAGGGAGACACUUAUGUUGGUGAUCAUCUUGGACCGAUUGAUACCAAUUGUAAGCCCGACAACAAAAAUCGAAAAACAAUCAAAAAUAUCAAAAUAGUCCUUCUUAUUUUAUUUAGCUGCGGUCUGUCAUCGAUAUGGCUUUUACGGUCAUGCUCUUUAGAGGAUGUGGUGGACAUUUCACCAAAGUCUAGUUUGGUCAAAUAUUCUGCUGCACCAGCACCCUCUGCUACUCCUACUUCCACAGUGCUUGAAGUAUUUCAGGUUUAUCAACCAGUUCUCAUUCCACCUGGUGUGUCUGAUGAGACAGCAUCAUACGAUGGAGUUGAGGAGACGUCGAUAAUCGCGUCAACGAAUGUUGCAACAAGCUGCAAGGUUGUUCUGAUGGAACAUACUUUUGGCUACAGCUAUGGCAUCCCAUUUGUUGGCAAUUAUACGCCACCUAGCUGCACGUUCAAUAGAGUUGCCAUGAAUUUUACAGUCACUUCAAGCGGUCGUCAAUUCGACCGUCUUGCAAUAAUGUAUUUUGGAGACUCUGAAGUUUGGAGAACAUCCACCGCAGAACCAACUACGGCUGGAAUUAGAUGGGAGUAUCUUAAGGAUAUGACGGAGUAUCUUUAUUUUUGGAACUCCCCCCAAACACUCAUUUUCGAUCUUGGAAAUCUGAUCGAUAGCACAUAUACUGGAUAUUACUAUACCACGCUUACAGCUACAUUUUUCACGAGCCAAGAAACUGUAGAGCCGGCUGAUCUGAUUCUUCCAAUCUCCGCAAGGCACGGUUCAGAAGAUGCUGUGAGUGUUUUCACGUUACCAGGUGAUAACGCCACAAACACCAUUAGCUUCCCACAGAACGUCAAUCGUGCCGUCUUCUCUAUCUCGGCAUGUGGCCAGUCAACUGAAGAAUUUUGGUGGGGCAAUGUGCUCCAGUCAGAUAUCGAAACAUUUGAGGAUUACGAUGGAACACUUUAUGGAUAUUCUCCAUUUCGUGAAGUCCAAGUUUUGAUCGAUGGUCAAUUAGCCGGUGUGCAAUGGCCAUUUCCGGUAGUCUUCACUGGUGGUAUCGUACCAGGACUUUGGAGACCAAUUGUAGGACUUGAUACUUUCGACCUACGUGAACACGAGAUCGACAUCACACCUUGGCUUCCUGUCCUAUGUGACGGAUCUGAACAUACCUUUGAGAUCCGAGUUGCAGGGGUUAUAGACGAUGGUGAGGGAAGCGGUACCCUGAUUGACACAGUAGGCAGUUACUGGCUCGUCACUGGCAAAAUCUUUAUAUGGCUUGACUCCAAUGACUCUGUCACUACCGGUACUGCACCCACACUCUCGCUUCCAGCUCCUAUCAUCACUACUUCACAACUCCUCACUCAAAAUGCAACCGGCGCAAACGAAACACUCACUUAUACAACCAACGUUCAGCGUUCGCUCUCUAUUUCAUCUACCGUCGUUACAGAAAAUGGCACCUCGACUUCAAAAUGGACUCAGGAAUUAAGCGCUCUGAACUAUGGUCAAUAUACCGCUUUUGGCGCCAUUCAAAUAAACAACGCAACAACCCGUGGCAUCGAUACCUCCAUAGCCGGAAGUACCACAAAAUACAAGUCCGAAUACACAUACCCCGUCUGGGUGAACACAACCUAUCUAGUCCUUUCCUCCACAAACUUCACCCUUGACGCCGUCAUAACCCGUGGUCUUGACCUCCUCAUAUCCGGAGCCUCUGUCUUCCCAUCCGGACUUCAACCGUUUGCUUAUCUACCCUCCUCUGCUUCUCUCAUUUCCGGGUUCUCGGGAACCCGGCUCUCAACCACUCAAAGUGGAUCAGCUCAUUACUUGGGUACUUCAGCCGGCAGCUCCGGAUAUGGCAGCACGAGUCAGACUUUUGAAUUUGGUGGAUUGGACAUUAACAAUGAUGCGAUUGAUACGGAAUUGUAUUACCGAGAUGUGGAGGCAGUCAAUUCAACGAUUGUAUACGACGAGGAACGAUUGGUCGGUGUGGAGAUUGGGAAAUACACAAAUGGCAGACCUGGCGGGGCAUAUCUAAGUAAGGGUGUGAUGAGUGCCAAAGAGGCAAUUGGGAGGGGAAAGGGAAGCCCAAAGCAGAUGCUUGUUGGUGGGGGGUCUUAGAUUGAGGGUUCG